AUGAUUUGGUUAGUGUGCUUGAUAAUAAAUAUUUUGUAUUUAAAAUGUUCGGCAACACAUGUAGAGUCUCAAGGAUACUGUGCGAUAUACACUGGAAAAAUAUGUAAAAAAUACCUGACAGGAAUUGGUAAAGUUUGGUUCAAUGAUACAGCUGAUAAUCCUGGAUCUUGGCUUAAUGAACAGAUAACUAGUGACUUGUGGGAGGAAUUAAUUUUUCCACUAAGAGAACCUUGUCGUUCUGCUGCCGAGAAAAUGCUAUGCAUGUACGCAUUUCCACUCUGUCACAAUUCGGAGCGCUUGCCGCUCUGUUAUGAAGACUGCAUGGCGAUACGUCAUGAGUUUUGCUUCAACGACUGGGCUUUGAUUGAAGAUAAUAAACAACGAGGGAUUUAUAUCAGAUCUCGCGGGCAUUUUCGACUGCCCGACUGUGACAUUUUGCCGAAAUUAAAUGACAAGUCUGUUGUUUGUUCUCACAUUCAUUUGACUGAUGUUAAUCAAGAUUUAGUUACUUAUGACUGUGUGAUAGAAAAUGGACGUUACUAUAUGGGUAAAAUGAACAAAACUAAAAAUGGACUGGACUGUCAAUCAUGGAAUGUCCAAGAGCCACACAGCCACAACAAACCUCCAAAUGUUUUUCCACAAAUUCGUCACGGAGAAAAUUAUUGUAGAAAUGCUGGAGGCGAUGAACGUAUGCCCUGGUGUUUUACUAUGGAUCCAACAGUUCGUUGGCAACAUUGUGAUAUUCCUAUUUGUGAUAAUUCAACAGAUUUUGUCUGGGAAACUGAACGAAAAAAUAUAACAAUGGAAACAGUAUUUACUCCAACAUUCACCAUGAUAUUAUCAGCCCUAGGAUUUAUUGUAAUAGUAGGAUCAUUAUUAGGAAUAUUUUUAAGCCAAAAAUUCAAGAAAAAUCCUUCAGGUUACAAUUCACCAGAAAGCAGAGACGUCAAUAUCGACUUAGACAAGCUCCCAAGCAACGACGCGUACCACAAAACAGGCGCUCAACUAAACCCCAAGUUAGAAAAACUAGAGUUUCCCCGGAACAACAUAAUCUACGUGCGCGACCUAGGUCAGGGUGCUUUUGGGCGAGUGUUCCAAGCAAAAGCCCCCGGCUUGAUCCCCAAUGAAGAAUUCACCAACGUAGCAGUAAAAAUGUUGAAGGAGGAAGCCUCCGAAGACCUUUUGGUAGACUUUGAGCGUGAAGCUUGUCUCCUAGCAGAAUUUGACCACCCUAACAUAGUAAAGCUCCUAGGAGUCUGCGCUCUAGGUCGACCUAUGUGUCUAUUAUUCGAGUACAUGGGCCGUGGAGAUCUUAAUGAAUUUUUGCGGUCUUGCUCUCCAGAAUCUUCAAUGCUAAACACAAAUUUAAAUUCUAAUUUAAAUUUAAAUCAAAAUUGUAAUUUAAAAUUAGCACACAUGGAUCUAAUUAACAUAGCUAGACAAGUCGCCUCAGGCAUGGUCUACCUCUCGGACCGUAAAUUUGUCCAUCGAGACCUUGCAACAAGAAAUUGUUUAAUUAACAAUGAGAUGGUUGUUAAAAUUGCGGACUUUGGACUGUCCCAAAAAAUUUACCUUCAAGAUUAUUACAAAGGCGACGACUCUGAUGCAAUUCCCGUCAGGUGGAUGCCCUUAGAGAGUAUUUUGUACAAUAAAUACACAAUUGAGUCAGAUGUUUGGGCUUUUGCGGUUUGUCUAUGGGAGAUUUUUAGCUUCGCGCUACAACCUUACUAUGGAAUGACUCAUGAGGAAGUCGUGAAGUAUAUUAAAGAGGGAAAUGUUCUAGGGUACCCGGAUAAUACUCCUCAUGAUGUUUAUCAACUUAUGAAGGCUUGUUGGAAUAGAAAACCGGUUGAUAGACCGUCUUUUAGGAAAAUUUAUGAAAAGCUGGAGGUUAUUAAAGCCAGAAUGGAGAGGGAGAAUAAGGAGGACAGUAUUGCGUUACAUAUUAGACUUUAG